AAAAAACGAUAAUUGAAAUAUCAGUCUGUGUCAUUUUUUCUUGUCCAGCGCCCGAGCAACCGGUUCAUACCGCCCGUUGGUCACCGUGCAAAGCGCACUCUGUCGGACGCGAAGAGGGAGCGCCGCGAUCGCCAUCCGUCGGUAACACUGGAAAUGCGAUGCGACCGCGACAAUUUUUUUACUAUUUUUGUAUUUUAAUUUAUUUUAAAAUACUUUACAAGUUGGUUUAAAAGGUGUUAUUAUGGAUAUUGAAAUUUUUUUGGAAAACUUUUUAUUUAAUUAUCGAUGGGUGUUUGUAUGUUUAUUUGUAUUGCCAUGCACAAUUUUGGUUGGUUUAAAAGGUGUUAUUAUGGAUAUUGAAAUUUUUUUGGAAAACUUUUUAUUUAAUUAUCGAUGGGUGUUUGUAUGUUUAUUUGUAUUGCCAUGCACAAUUUUGGGUAAGGCAUGGUCAAUAUGGGAAACAUUUGGUGGAGCUCGUUACGAUAGUGGACAUCACAACGAUAACGUUAAAAAAAUUCAGCAACAAAUCAAACGAAGAAAUGAAAAGGCACCUAACCUUAUGAUGUGUACUUCCAGACCCAGCUGGAAGUGUUUAUCCUUGGACAAUAUGCUUUACAAAAAAUAUAUGUACAAUAUUGACGUCCAUUUGAACAACGUACUCUCAAUUGAUGUAAAAAAUGAAACAGUUCAAGUAGAACCUGGCAUUACUUUUGGUCGUUUAGUUCCAGAAUUAAUCCGUUUUGGGUGGACAUUGCCAAUAGUUGCUGAUCUAAGAGAUUUAACUAUAGGCGGUAUUAUUAUGGGAACUGGAUUGGAAACAUCAUCCCACAAAUAUGGAUUUUUCCAUAAUGUGUGUACUCGUUAUGAAAUUGUAACUGGCAAUGGAGACUUGAUGACCUGUUCGAAGACUGAAAAUGCUGAGCUAUUUGAAUGUAUACCUUGUUCGUAUGGUACAUUAGGAUUUUUAACUGCGGUUGAAAUGAAGAUAAUACCAGCGAAAAAUUAUGUUUUAUUGAAGUAUCAUCCAAUUAUUGGGUCUACAGAGCAGUUAGAAAAAACCUUAGCACACGAAGUAGAAAAUGACAAUGAUUUUGUUGAAAUUUUAAUGUUUAGCCAAACUGAAAGUGUAUUGAUAACAGGACAAAUGACCAAUGAAAAAAAUAAAGAGGGAAUUGUUAUUAACAAAAUAGGAAGGUUCUAUAAACCAUGGUUUUUUAAAUAUGUCGAAUCAUUUCUCGAAACUAACGAAAAAAAAGAAUUCAUUCCACUGCAGGAUUAUUAUUUUAGACAUGAAAGCUGUCUUUUUUGGCAGAUAAAGGACAUAAUACCAUUUAGUAACCAUCCGAUUUUUCGUGUUUUGUUGGGAUGGUCAAUGCCACCAAAAAUAUCACUACUUAAACUAACUCAAACUGAUAUAAUCAAGAGAAUAUACAGGAAAAAGCAUUUUGUUGAUGACUUCAUAGUUCCAUUGUCAAGUAUAGCUGAAACAAUAAAGCUUACCAAAAAUAAUCUAAAUAUAUUCCCUAUUUGGAUAUGCCCAGUAAUUUUACGCCCUGGAAAUGGGCUGAUACAUUCACAUUCAAAUGAAGAAAAAAUGUAUGUUGAUGUUGGAUUGUAUGGUUUUACUAAUGUACACGAAUUCAACUCCAAUACCACCAGUAGAAAUCUAGAGCUUUCAUUAAUAAAACUUAAAGGAUAUAAAAUGUUAUACAAUUCGACCAAUUUGACUUUGAACGAAUUCAAGUUAAUGUUUAAUCAUAAUUUAUACAAUAAGCUUAGACAGAAACUUAAUUGUGAGUAUAAUCUACCAGAAUUAUAUGACAAAGUAAAUAAAUCAGCCAGAAACUAAAAAUAACACGUUUUUAUUAUUUUUCAAGUUUUGAAAUUUAUUAAAUUUAUAGCAAAUUUAAAAAAUAAUGUGUAAGUUAAAACAAAUCAAAAAUGUUAUGGUUUAAAAGAUAUCUCAUAUAAGAGUUAACUAUACUAUAUUUAAUUUUUAU